AAAUCUUCUUCCCACCCCCCGCCCUCGAUUCCAUCCCCGUACCUUUUCGAUGCCGCUCUUCUUCAGAGGCGAUCGCCCUUCGCACGUUGCCCUGGAAGGCACCCUUUAGCCAGCCCCGCUGCCUGCCUGCCUCCCCUCUCUCUCCGUGGCAGGAGCCAUGGAGAUUUUCCUGUGCGCCUCUUGCCACAGGGCUCUGUGGGACCCAGUGACCGUGUCGUGCGGCCAUACCUUCUGCAGAAGAUGCCUCGGAGGAGACUUGCCCUCCAAGUGCCAGCUCUGUGGGGGGAAGUUCGUCCUGCUGGGCUCGCGGACGGUGUCCUGCAACGUCCUGCUGUGUGACUUGUUGGAGAAAUGCUUGGACAAAGGCACUCAAGUGGCCAGGCUGAAGACCGACUUGCAGGAGCUGCUGAGAAGCAGAGACUACCGGGGAGCGCUGAGGAGCGUGCAGAAAGCGGUCGCUCUGGCUCCCGAUGAUCUUAUGCUGAGACUAUGCCGAUCGGAGGUGUAUGUGGCUUUGCAGCAAUACCCAGAUGCCCUGGAGGAUUUGGAGGUGCUGUGCAGGCAAGAGCCAGAAGAGAGUGAGGUCUUCUUUAGGAAGGGAAAGGUCCUCCUGGAAAUGGGGAGGCCAUCUGAGGCUCUGCUGCAGUUCCAACGUUGCCUCACGCUGAAUCCCAAUUUUCAUGCUGCUCAAUAUGAAACAGAAAAGAUUCUCACGAAUGAUGCCUCCCCUCUUCCAGGCACUGUUAUGGAGCUGAAGAGGGAUGCCAAUCAGAACUUGAAAGGGUCUAAUUCAGGGAAAGAGCUAACUGCCCUUGUGUCUUUUGAAGGAGAACCCCUACAGGCUUUGAAGGGAAGAAAGGAAGUUUGGCUGGGAGAAGAUGCUUCUGACCACAGCCAAGCAGCACUUUCCAUACCAGAAUGGUUGAGGAAGAAGUCAAAUGCAGGUUUUUCAGCAGAGAAGGAAAGGGAUUUUGAAGAAGGGGCAUCGGCAACAGGAACCAAGUGCACCCAGGAGCAUAAACCAGACUUUGCGGAUCUCUUGAGUACAUCAGACUUGGAAUGUUCUCUUUGCAUACGAAUGUUCUUUGAGCCUGUGACUACACCUUGUGGCCAUACUUUCUGCAAAGAAUGCUUGGAGCGUUGCCUAGAUCAUAGACCCAACUGCCCCCUUUGCAAACAGAGCCUCAGAGAGUACCUGAGAGCUGGAAAAUACAACACCACUCUUCUGCUGGAGGAGCUCAUGAUGGCUGUCUUCCCUUUACAACUUGCAGACAGGAAACGCGUCCACCAGGCUGAAAUGGCAGAACUUUCAAACUUGACUAAGAAUAUCCCAAUCUUUGUGUGCACAAUGUCCUUUCCAGGCAUUGUGUGUCCCCUUCAUGUGUUUGAGCCUCGCUACCGCCUCAUGAUGCGAAGGUGUCAGGAAACUGGCACAAAGACGUUUGGCAUGUGUAUGUAUGAGAAUGGGAAGAGUUUUGCUGAUUAUGGCUGCAUGCUGGAGAUUCAGAAGAUAGCAUUUCUACCUGACGGACGCUCUUUAGUGGAUACCAUGGGCAAACGGAGGUUCCAGGUUUUGAGACGCGGGCAUAGAGAUGGCUACCACACUGCUGAUAUUGAGUAUCUGGAUGAUGAGAAGGUGGAAGGAGAAGAACUGGCUGAGCUUCAAAAUCUUCAUGACUGCACAUACCAGCUAACUCAGAGAUUUUAUGAACAUGGAGACACCACCUUCAGACAGCUCUUGAUGCAUCAUGGACCUCUUCCUGAGAAAGAGGAAGAUAUACAGGCAUCUCCAGAUGGACCAGUUUGGUGUUGGUGGCUUAUCUCCAUCUUGCCCCUUGACUUGACCCGCAAAUUGACGAUCUUUUCUGAGACCUCCCUGAAGGCUCGUCUCACUCAACUGAAGCAUAUUCUGAAUGUCAUUCUGGAAAGUCGUGACUACAACAGCUAAUUCUCAAGCCUCAUUCCCAAGAGAAGUUGUGUGCAUAUGCGUGUGUGUGUGUGUGU